UUUCCCUUUUUCCCUUUCUCCUUCACACCGCAAAUCCCAACAUCAAAACCCCAAAUCGUCAAGCUACGCCUACAAUAUCAGCUCACUACCGCUUAUACCGAGAUCCUCAUUUCAAAAACAACAAUGAUGGUCGUAGUAGAGAUAUUUUGGUGCCUUAUGGCUGUAUGCUACGGCGUUUUCCUCCUAAUUUGCGUCGGCGGCCCUCCACCAGCUGCUCCCAGCCAUCUCAGCCGCAUCCGCCGCCUCGAGUACUAUCUAUGUCACAGGAUCUAUAGACAGACGCUCCUGGGUUUGAUUAUACUUCAAUUAUUCGGAAACAUGCUUGUCGCGAUUGAUCAGGGGCAAUAUUCAUGCUGUAUAUUCUGGCCAUCUCCGAGCCCAAGGCCAUUUUUGGAGUUCUUGAGUGCGAUGCUGCUGAUUGCAGCUUUUGUUCUCUUCCUUAUGGCAUAUGGAAGGCGCGGAGACCCAGAGGCUGAGGCUGCCGAGAAGAUCGAUCUCUAUCUUACUUGUGUGCAGUAUUAUUGGUACUGAGUCUCAUACAAGAUGGCACUUUUGGGAGGUAGAUGCCAACUCAAAACCGGUAUCAACUUUGUGGGCGACAAUAUUUGAUCAAUUUGGGACACUGGAAACCCUGAGUAUCGCGAAGUGGUCAUAAGGAGUCUGAUCUUCUUUUUCUCAAGUCAUUUACACAAUUCUUUUUUCCUCUUCAUCACCUCAACACCAC